AUGUUGUCAAAACAUCAGCAAAUGGUCAGAGAUUAUGAGGUAACAACCAGACGCACCUUGGAACCAGCUUCAAAUCCUGGGCAGCCUCGAGAGGAUGAAGUGAAUUUGUGGACGAGUGUUGCCAAUGAGCUGGCCUUUGAGUCAGGCACUCUGCAUGCGGAUCCCAGGUCUGAUGAGGAUUCGGAUGCUUCAGACUUGCUGAUUGUAGCACGCAACACGUCAUUGACCCUCUUCAAUCCUGCCGACGACGAGUCUUCAGAUUCCGAGCAUGAGAUGGAUUGGGAUGAUGUCCUGUUUGAAACCGUUCAUCAGCUUGGGCCGGGCAAUCUUGCUGAUCCUGCCGAUCGAAAUGCCAGAAGGAUCGCCGAAAGCUGGUAUCCUUUCAGGUCGCAGGGGGACGUUUUGGGCGCUUUGAUUCAUGGAUAUAUGCGCCAUGUGAUGUCUCGAGCGGAGUAUGCACAACUCCGACUGAUCUUGUCCCUUGCAGAACUGGAGCUUCCCCACUGGAAUACUUUGCGCAGUGGGAGGUUACGCAUCCGCAACUUAUUAAGAAUGGAGAUCACCCACAGUGAAAGCAUUCUCCACAACCAAUGUUAUUCUCUGAACAUUAAGCAAUUAUUGGCAAAUGACUUGGCCAAUCCGUAUGUCAAUCCAAAUUUGGAGUUUUAUCCACACUUUACUGGUGGGAAGAAUGUGUUCAAAAUGUCACAAAGUGCCAAGUGGCGUGAAGACCUCAGUCCAACUCUCAGAGUGCCCAUGGCAGAAGCAAACCACAAGCACUGGUACAUUUUUGAACCUGUUCAACUGCACAGCCGACAUGUGGUGGUGCCAAUCUUUUUCUUCAUGGAGAACAACAAAAUCUUGGCUCGAUGUGUGAAAGCAGACAUAUCCCAACAAGGACCAAAGAAAAUCAAGAUCACUAUUCCAUCUAAUCUGGAUUUCAAUUCCAGCAAGUUGAGGAAUGUCCAUCUCCAAGAUUUUGCAUUGACUUACGACGAGAUACAUAUUGGGUCUUCUGGAAAGCUUGCUGAAGCAUGCAGCAAUGAACUCUAUGAAUAUGGUCAAAAAGAAAAGGCCCACACACUUCCCAAUCCGUGGCGGAUCAAGGCCUCAAGGGAUGAUUAUUAG